CAUAAACAUUUACAUUUUACACCCAUGGAAACGUGAGAUUAUUCCUUGAACCACAUCUUCUAUUGUAAAUUCCGACCCACCCUUUUCGAUUUUUCUGCAAAUUAACCGAAAUUCUGAUUUACACGCCUCCUGAUCUUCAACAAUCAUCAUACUUUACCACUUACAAAUGAGGAACGCAAUGCAAAUCAUCGAACACUUGGUGUACUUCUUCUAAGUUUCACACAAUCAACAACUUCAACAAUGGCGGCAUCUUUCUCUCUAAUCCCUUCAUCUUCUCUCAACUUCAUUCGAGACCCUUUGCCAUCUCCUUCACCCUCCGCGUCAUCCUCUUCGUCUUUCUUCGGUGGUGGGACACUCUCGUUCACCCGUAGCAGCAACAACAGGAGUUUCGUCUCUUUCUCGUCGCCUUCGCAAUUCAACAGGAAGAAGUACGGCAAGCGCGGUGGAGGAUUUUGUGUAUUCGCGGCGGCGGAUUAUUACUCUACGCUUGGAGUUCCCAAGUCUGCCACGGGUAAAGACAUUAAAGCCGCUUAUCGAAAGUUAGCUCGCCAGUAUCAUCCAGAUGUCAACAAGCAACCAGGAGCUACCGAAAAGUUUAAAGAGAUCAGUGCUGCGUAUGAGGUUCUAUCAGACGACAAGAAACGAGCCAUGUAUGACCGAUACGGUGAAGACGGACUUAAAAGCACAGUUGGGGGAGGACAAGCUGGCGCUUACGCUACAAAUCCGUUUGAUCUGUUUGAGACAUUCUUUGGGACUAGUAUGGGUGGUUUUGCUGGUGGCGACACAACCGGAUUUGGAGGACGCCGUGCCACUACUGUCAUUAAAGGUGAAGAUAUACGAUACGACAUGAUGUUAGAAUUUUCAGCAGCCAUUUUUGGAACGGAAAAGGAAUUUGAGCUGUCUCAUCUUGAAACAUGUGACGUGUGCACUGGAACCGGAGCAAAAGUUGGAUCAAAGAUGAGGAUAUGCUCCACGUGUGGCGGCAGAGGUCAAGUCAUGAGAACCGAACAAACACCUUUUGGUAUGUUCUCACAGGUUUCUGUAUGUCCAAAUUGUAAUGGGAAGGGUGAAAUGAUAUCGGAGUAUUGCCGGAAAUGCUCGGGUGAAGGGAGGAUACGUGUGAAGAAAGAUAUCAAAGUCAAGAUUCCACCUGGAGUCAGCAAGGGUAGUAUCCUUAGAGUUGCUGGAGAAGGUGAUGCUGGUCCAAAAGGGGGUCCUCCUGGAGAUCUGUAUGUUUACCUUGGUGUUGAAGAAAUCCCGGAGAUCCAAAGAGAUGGGAUUAAUCUAAUGUCAUCCAUCUCCAUUUCGUAUCUUGAUGCCAUACUUGGAACUGUUGCGAAGGUGAAGACGGUUGAGGGGAUGACUGAACUUCAGAUCCCACCUGGUACUCAGCCUGGUGAUACUCUUGUUUUGGCAAAGAAAGGUGCUCCUAAACUCAACAGACCUUCCAUACGUGGUGAUCAUUUGUUCACCAUUAAAGUCAGUAUACCUAGACGUAUCAGUGGACAAGAACGUGAGCUUCUUGAAGAACUUGCUUCUCUGAAAAACCCCACCUCCACCCGUCCCCGUUCUCGCUCUCAACAACCUGCUAAAGUCACAGAAACUCAAGCGGAUCCUGUGGCUGAGGAAAGUGACAGCUCAGCUGAUGAAGAUGACCCAUUGAAGAAGAUAACAUCCUUUGCCGGGUCUGUUGUAAAAGGAGCUUUGAAUUGGUUCAAGGAGAACUUCUAGAAGCAGAGCAUGUAUUAAUUAAUUAAUUAAUACUCUCUUCCAUCUAACGUAGUGGCCAAAGAUUAAAAGAAUAUCCUCAUCAAAUGCUGCUUGCUCAAGAAAUCGAAAUAUACUACGUCAAACAAUUCUUCAAUUUUUUAGAAAUCAUAUCUCAAAGUUCAUCAAAUUUCAAUAUUGGUGGAAACUUGAUGAUUCAUUUCAUGUAUCUAAAACAUUAAUAAUAUUGCUUGUAAGAAUUUUGUUCAAACGGCCGAUAGUGAGUUUACCAGUGGUAGUAACCCGGUGGUUUUGAUAUAUUUGAUUUCAAAUUUCGAUACUACUUGCACUAUUAUAUUAAUAUUACAAUGAAAUGCAAGUGCUUGUUGGUUGGAAGAAGAAAAUGUUUUUAUUGUUGUUCAACACGACUGGCUAUAAUUAAAAAUCAAAACAGCUACUAUAACAGGAGUAGAUAUCAUAAUGAGAGCUUGAGUGAUGUUUGGCUGAGUGAUCUGUGGCACCAAGAUGCUGCCGUACUUGAUGGCAGCUGCACCUGCCAAGGAUCCACCUCCGAGCUUCAACAAGAAGUUUACAUCUUCCUGAGACGUGAAGGAGAGAUCAGGAUCAUCGGCAUUUGAAUUUGCUUCUUCAUUUGGGGAAUUGGAAGCAACAACGAUACAGCACCUACCACCAGAAUAAGGCGACGACGCCGUCGUUACCCGAGGCUCGAAGCCGAAGGACUGUCUCCUGAUAUGUAGUAUUGCAUUCUUCACACCAUUCGCUCGCUGAUGCCCUACAGAUAUCGCCAACGACUGUUUCCGGGGAGAUUGAAUUGCUGCCGCCACCGCUGCCGCCAUGUCGAGAGAGACGUUUAUCCUUUUGCCGCGACCUGUUAUGUUAUCUGGUAUUUGAUUGGCGCACAACACGAAAAAACAAAAACAAAAUACAUCAAAUUC